AAUUAUCCUUUUUAAUUUGAUAUUAACAGGUGUAUGUGUAGAAGCCGGGGCCCGUGAUUUGAGCCCCCUGUCUGGAUAUAGAGUACUGGACCUUUCACGAAUUUUGGCAGGUCCAUUUUGCACAAUGAUUCUAGGUGAUUUGGGAGCUGAGAUACUCAAGGUAGAAAAGCCAGGUGAAGGGGAUGACACAAGGAGGUGGGGACCACCUUUCCUUGGAACAGAGAGUGCAUAUUUCUUCUGUGUUAACAGAAAUAAAAAGAGUUUGACCAUAGACAUCAAGAAUCCAGCUGGUGUCCAGCUAAUAAAAGAGCUCGCUACCAAGUCUGAUGUUUUUGUUGAGAACUAUGUGCCUGGAAAACUGCAGAAAAUGGGGCUUGGUUACUCCCAGCUUAAAGAAGUUGCACCGCAUCUUGUCUACUGCUCCAUAAGUGGUUAUGGGAGUGAUGGACCAUAUGCUACUAGGGCAGGAUAUGAUGUCAUUGCUGCAGCAGUUGGUGGAUUGUUGCACAUUACUGGUCCUGAAGGUGGGGAGCCUUGCAAAGUUGGAGUGGCUAUGACUGAUCUGUCAACUGGUCUGUAUGCCCAUGGUGCUAUAAUGGCUGCACUUCUACAGCGGCACAGGACUGGAGAGGGACAGCAUAUUGACUGCAACCUUUUAUCAACACAGGUGUCCUGCUUGGCCAAUUUAGCUAGCAACUAUCUAAAUGGUGGUCCGGAGGCACGGCGAUGGGGAACUGCCCACGAGAGCAUUGUCCCUUAUCAGGCUUUUCAGACAAAAGAUGGCUACUUUGUGGUAGGAGCAGGCAACGAUAAACAAUUCAAGAUAUUAUGCCAGCGCUUGAAGUUGGAACAUAUAGCUGAUGACCCACAGUAUGCUAGAAAUGAAGACAGAGUGAUAAACCGAUCAUCACUAUUAAAAGCACUGCAAACAAAGUUCCGUGAACAGUCAACAGCCCACUGGCUCAAAGUGUUCGAUGAAUCUGGCAUUCCUUAUGGGCCAAUUAAUAACAUGCAACAAGUUUUCAGUGAUCCGCAGGUUCUACAUAAUGAAAUGAUAGUUGAAAUGGAACAUUCCACUGCGGGAAAGAUAAGGCUGCCAGGGCCAGCUGUUAAAUACAGUGAUAGUCAGAAUAGAGCACGGCUACCUCCGCCAUGUCUAGGACAGCACACAUCUGAAGUUCUACAUCAGGUUUUGGGUUAUAGUACUGCAGAGGUAGAGAAUCUACAGAAGACUCGUGCAAUUUAGUAUUGGUAUCACAAGAAUGUGUGCGCAUGUGAAUGGUAGUUUAUGUGCCACAACAGAAUGCUUCCUAGACAAGGAGCAAAACCAGGCACUUUUAAAUUUCAAUAUUGAUCCUAGUUAGGCUACAUGUGUACUUAUUCAUUUUCUACUAUGGAAUUGUUUGUGCCAAGUUUAAACGUACAGAAUAAUAAAUGCUUUCUUGGGCUGCAACAUGCCAAGUUCACACAGGUUCAUUCACAUUUAAAUCGUGCUAAAUCAGCAGUUAAAUAGUAAAUUACGUAUUGUAUAAAUUUAUGUAUUUAAAAAUGUUUUGUCCCACUGUUUGAAAUGAGUUCAAAAUGCAGAUGGUAUAGACAGUUUUGAUACGAUUACUUUUUCUUCUGUGUAGCUGAUCAUUGAACAUGGCAUUGGAAUCUGAGUACAUAUGAUCUGAGCUUGUGAUAUUAACUAAGUUUUUCAUAAUUUUAUUAAUAAUAUAUUGUCUGUCUAUUUUAUAGAACAAUCUGGUAUCAGAUAUUUUAUAAAAUGAAUAAAAAUUGUUAUAUUAAAUUAACA